CAAUAAUAAAAUGGGCUAAUCAAAAUUAGGCCCAUAUAAUUCAGACAAAUCAUUUUCAAUCAUUCGCUUUUAUUAAGAUAAGCAGUAUUAAUUCAAUGAAGACAUAAAUCAAGAGUUCCUAAAUAAUGCUAUAAAUUUUAGUCAUUGGCAUUUUAUGAUUCAUGAAGCUUUGAUUAUAAAUGGAUAUUUCUUUUCAAAUUGCAAACUCACAUUAAAUUCAUCUUUUCAUCAUAACCAAUCUAGAAUUAUUUUACAAAAAGAAAAUAAAAUCUUAACAUUUUAACAUGACUUUGAAAGAGUAAGUAAUGACUUUAGAUUUAAAUAAAAUUCUAACCCAUUUAACACUACAAUAGAGGAAGUUAAUAUUAUUGAACUCUAUCGGUAGUUAAACCAAAAACAAUAAGAAAAUAUGUUAAUGUUAGAUAGUUUUGGAACUGCUAAUUCAACAAUACAACCAUCUAUUAGAGGAAGAUAAAAUAAUUAAACAAAGAAAUUAUAAUAAUCAUCAGACGAAGAAGAUUUCACAGAUUUUGAAGAUAAAAGUGAUUCUGAAAGUCCUUUUACAAAUCGAACUCAAAAGAACAACAACAUUUCAAUAUUUAAUUAACAUUUUCCUUCUGAUAGUGAUAGUGGAUAAGAAAUUAAUAAACCAAAUUAUACUUAAAAGCAAUCUAAUUAUUAAGACUCUCCUUUAUCAAUCACCAAUCAUUGUACCAUGGAAGAUGACAAAUAAGAAUAGGAGUUAGUUUAUUAAAUAAACUCUGAACUUAAAAAUCUAAAAAAUAAAAUAGAAUAGAAUAUAGGUCCUUCUUAUAAGAAUAAUUUAGAUGCUUCAGAAGAAUAUACAACUAAUUAUUAAAAAUUAAUUGAAAAAUAGCGCAAUUAAAAAGUAUUAGUUAUGAAAAUUCAUUUUAGGCCACUUAAAUCUCAGGAAACUCAUAAUAACAAUUAUAAAAAUGUGGUUAUUAAAAAUAACAAUCUUAUAGCUCUGCUGUUUUAAAUUUUAAAAUUGAAAAUCCAAAUUAAUAAUAAUUUAAUUCACUAUUUUCCUAUGAAAAAUAAUCUUAGAAACCAGAAUAAACUAAAUUUAUAUCUGUAAAACUCAACACUAAUUUAUAAUUGCCUCAAAAAUAAAUAUUAUCAAUAUCUAAAGAACCUAAAACUCCUAAAUCACCUUAAAAACCUGUAAAAUCUCCUAGAGAUUAAAAAUAAAAAAGCAUUUUAAGUCAUAUUACUGGUUCAGAAUCAGAUUUAAAUUAUAAUACAUUAAAAUAAAAAAACCCAUUACCAUAACCAAUAAAUAUUAAAAUAGAUUUAAAAGCUAUGUCAAAAAAGUUAGGAUGA